CGAAAAGUUAUCGUUAGGAAAGGGCACGCGGCAAGUCGACUUGCUUUUUGCUCCUGAGCGCCUCGUUUUUUGUUUCGAGUAGAGCUCCUUUGUUGACCAUAUAUCGGAAUCCCGCACACUUGUCACGACCUGGAGUCCAUCAGCAAGGAAACAAUGACUGGCGACGUGGCCGAUGCUGCUGUAGCGAGAGAUGAGACAACCGAGGUGGAAAAGGAGACUCUAAAUGGGCUGGUUAACGGCGAUGAUCACAACGAGGAGAACGAAUCUGCCGUCGAGGAGAAGGGCGUUGAAAAUGCUCAGGUGAAUGGAAAGCACGAAGAGGAGGAAAACGUCGCGGAGGUGGAGGAGGAACAGGAGGAUGAGGAGGCUUCGACAUUGGGUUCUGGCGCCGUGAAAACCACAGAUACAGUCACUGAUCCUGACCCGCAACCCGUUGUCGACCAAGCUCCUACUCCUCCUCCAACAGUAUCCCGGACACCGUCUCCGGAACCGGAACCAGAGGUACUUCCCGUCCUCGCGACAGGACUUCCCAUCCGGUUUCAAUCCCUCCAAAAUGUACCCCACCUGCGUCGGUCUCCUAGUGCGCCAAGUUUUAGUGCCUCGACCCCCACCUUGACAGAUCGAUCGGCACCUGAGCUGCGUACAACAGAGCUGCCAACCUUUGCGACUCCCAGUCCUAUGAGCGCUACACGGAUGCCCAAUAUCGGGGACAUGGGGUUGGGGUCCAGGGUAGCGCCAAACUUUCCCUCGCAAAGAAUGGAUUCCUUUUCUUCGAGUAUGCCUUUGAGUGAAAAUUCCAAGAGCAAGCAGUUUAAUCAGCGGUUGGAUUACAUGAUCGGAGAGUUUUUUACGCGCCAAGUCGCUAAACUCGCUACAAGUACUCCCGAGAGCGUCGACAGGAUUCACAAAAUCUUUACCCAGCGUGUGAGAGAAAAGCUGGGACAGCAGGUCGGUAAACAGUGGGCCCAUGUCACUGCUCAACCUGAAGUGGACGAAUCGGCCAAAGAGAUUGAUGCCAUGUACGACUACUUUUCUCAGUUGGAAAAGAUGGUCGAAAAGCAGCGAAUGGCUUUGCAACAGUUGAAUGAGGUUGAAGCCGAAUUGUCGCUGUUCUAUCAGCAAAAGGGGUACCAGGAGCGGGAUGAGGAGAUUGGGAGGAACUUGGUGCAUUUGGGCGUUGCGUAUCACCAAGAAUGCAAGGAGCGCGUUCCUGUGAUUGCGUCCUUGGAUUCCUACCUGAGCUUUAUCAAGAUUUUCAAGGCAAAAGCAAUUGCCGACUCUCGGGAUACGAUCAAGAGCCAGAAAACUGCUCGUCAAGAAUUCGACAGUUACGCCUCCAAACUCGGCUACCUCGAAGAACGCGCCAUCAAGGCGUCGACAAGACCACCUACGCCGACAUUUCUCUCCUCCCGUUCAAAAUCUGCUGAAGAUACAGCCAAGUACCAAGAGAAGGAAUUGGACCAGACGCGAUGUCGGUUCCAGGCUGCCAAGACGCGGUACCAGGUGCUCAGCACGCAAGUAAUCGAUAAGGCGGGCUUGCUAGAGAUGAAGCGGGGUGUGGACUUUGGAGCUCAUAUUGAGAGAGUUGUUGAUGCGCAUGAUGCAUACGCUAGGGGUCACGGACAUACAGUUAAUGACCCUUAUAAGCGUGUUGAAGAAGAGAAGCGUGUUGAAGAACAGAAGGUUGAGAACGGCGUAGCGGACUCUUAGACGGAGUAAAAAGGAUGAUGCAGAGGGAUGUAUAUAUAUUCUCUAUGGGGAUGUGGACAUUGUAUUUUCUUGUCUUGGAUUGUUUGGGUUUAUGGAGGCAUGAUCUUUUUUUAUUUUAAUUUCUUGGUGUUGUUUUUGAAUGGACGUGCCCUUUCAAAUGGGUUCACAAGUUAUAAUUUCACAGACCAAGGUUGCAAUAUUUGUUACAGAAAA